GUGAGGCGUGUAAUUAACCGUGCUUCCGCUUGCAACGAGGAAGGGUCUCACUCUCAGGAUGCUGCGCCCUCCAGUUUCUUUAGUCGAAGCCUCGCAAACAAUGGCUGCAGCCAUUCACUAGAGUAUCAGACUAUGCGGGAGGCCUUCAGGGUCGUGCAGCUCUUGCAGGCGGUAAACAGUCAGGCGACUGCGGAAAGUGCAGCUGAGAUGGACACGACAGGAUUUCCAAAGGCGCUCGAGCAUCAUGCAGGCGCAGCCGGGGACGACGAGCAGGGCAUUGAUGUGUGCGCAUUCAUGAACUCGGGUGGUGACGCGCCAGUCCCGCAAACGCCGACAUCUCGGGAACGCUCUGCGCCUCAGCCGUUCAUCGCGGAGCGCCUCGCCACGUCGACUGAACCGCCGGGGCCUUCGCCCUGGGGCCUGCACCCGCCGCUCCACACGGCGGUGCCCGUCCUGCCGUCAGGGCUGGGGAUCAACCCAACCUACACCAGUCCCCGACAGAGGCUUGGCGCGCUGCCAAGCCGGGCGCGGGGCGCGGGGCGUUCCGUGUCCGCACCCGUCGGUGGCCACCUCCUCCAUCGCCACAGCCCGAUUUCCAGCACAAAACAACCGAACCUAGCUGCUGUCGGCGAGAAUGACCCAUAUCCCCCCGCCAAUGCGGAGGUCACGUUGGAGCUGCAGCGUCAGACCCUGAAGCACGGCCGCAAGCUGAUCCAGUACUCCGCCAGCCGGCCACUGGACACUAUUCACAUCAAGAUCCCCAACACCUCGCCGGGCCUGCUGACGCAGCCGGUGCUUGCCAACCUGUGCCACAUCAUCGACCUGGGCCACCAGCGCAUCGUGGUGGGAGGCAGCCUGAGACCCGGCUGCGCACUGCUCAGCCUGGACCUGAUGGAUGUGGCGGGCGCGGCGCCACCGCUGCGCCUGGCGCCGGCAGGCGGGGCCGCAGCCGCGGGCGGUGGCCGGCGCGACACCGUGGCCGCGGGCGACGGUCAAGACGCUGUGCAGCAGCAGCUGCUGCUGGUGGCUUCAGGGGAUGCUGGGGAUGUGGCGGCAGGCGCGGCAGGUGCUGCUAUUCCUUCUGCUAUUCCUGCUGGUGCGCAGCUGGCGCUGGACGCCAGUCAGCUUCUUGCGGUGCUGGGGGUGGUGCGCGCAGCAACGGCUGUGCCCCUCAGCAGCCGUGUGCAGCUGCAGGCCGGCGGCGCCGUUUGGGAGGGCACGUUUGUGCCUGUGCGGCCCGAUGCGGAUGGAGCAGUCCAGGGCCCCGAGCAGGCGGCGGAGCCUGGGCGACCUGCAGGUCCAGCCCAGGCGGGGGACACCGGUGGCUCAACGACACGAGGGCAGUGGCAGUGGCAGCGGCUCGACCCCUGGCAGGACAGCAUCGGCUGGGACGCCAGCAGCCGUGUGGCUGAGGACGGCGGCGUGUUUGUGGACGCUGCGGCCCCGCCACCCACUUCCGCUCGUGCAUCGCCCAUGAGUUCUGCAGAGACCGCUCGCGUGGAGGGCGGCGCCGCUCCUGACCCCAGCGCGCCUCUGCCGCUGCGCCGCUCCUUACACGGCCCAAGCCCGGCUGCAGCGGAGCCGCGGGUGCAGCUGUGGGUCACGCGGCAAGUGAUGCUGGCGCCGGCUGCUGCGGGGCAGCCGCUGCAGUUGUCCGUGCGCGUCAGCGGCCUGCCGGCGCUGGGCAACACGUCUGCACCGCUCGCUGCGCACGAGCAGGCCCAGGCGGCCGGCGCCGGUAGGCGCGCGCAAGGCGGCGGCGCAGCCGGUGCCGUCGUGGACGGUCCCGUCUCCAGUUACGCGUUCGCGGUGCGCUCGCUGGGGCGGUACCUCCCGGUGCACGGCGUCCCCGCUCCCAUGACGCCGCCUGCUGCCGGCGCGCCAACCGGCGAGCCGCAGGCAGGGGCGGCGCAUGUGACACGCCCGGGCUCGCCGGGCCUGACAGGCUUCGCCGCAUCGGCCCCGGGAGUGGGUUGCCCGGCCUCACCACCGCGCACCACCAGUGCAGGUGGCCUGCGUUGCAGCAGCGGCUUGCUGCCCACGUCUGCCUUUGUGACGGAGGCGGGUCUGCCCAGUGGCCGCUCUUCGAGCAACGGCAGCCCCGUCAGCGGGGCCAGCGCCGCAGACCUGGAGGCCGCAGUGCAGGCAGCCGCAGCGGCGUCGGCGCCCAGCACCGGCACCGGCACCGGCGAGGAAGCCGCCGUGCAGCAAGCGGGUGCGCUGCGCAGCCCCAGUCCCGUGAACCCAGAUGGAUGCUUCGAGCUGAGCGUGGCUGGCCUGGGCCCGGCCGCAGCUGCGGCAGCGGCGACUGCCGGCAGCAGCCGGCCGCACGAGUGGCAGCCCGGCCCGCAGUUGGUACAGCUGGAGCUGUGGCGCGACGGCGCACGUGUGCAGGUGGCCAGCAAGCCGCUGCUGCUGCUGCCGCCCGGCGAGGCGGCGCUGGCAGCGGAGCUGCAGCGUUUGGUGGCGCUGCAGGAUGAGCUGAGCCAGGAGAACGGCAUGGCCGCGGCGGCGGCCGCAGUGGCUGGCAGCGCGCUGCAGCCUCCAGGGCCGUCCCCUGCCGACCAGCUUGUCUCUGAUUUGGGGCAGUGGCUGGAAUUCGUGCAUGCAGAGCUGCAGCUGUCGUCUGUGCCUGCGGCUGCGGCCGCGCCACAGCCGGCCGAGGCGCAGUCUCCGCCGCCGGUGCUGCUGCGCGGCAGCGUGGACCUGCGUGACCAGGUGCUGGGCAUGCGGCGUGCGGCGCCUGGCUACGGCAGCUCCAUGCUGUGCCUCGGCAUGGAGCUGCUGGAGGCCGCGGUGCAGCUGCGCAGCUCCACGCUGGCGGGCACCGUGAUGGCAUGCUUCGGCGCGCUGGGGUACUCGGUGGCCGAGGUGUGGGCGUCGCUGGGUGAGGUCGACACGAGCGAGGUAGAGGCAGGGGCCGUGGCGCAGGGCGAGGCGCGGGAGGCCGGCGCUGCCGCGCGGUUGCCGGUGCUGCUAGCGCUGGUGGAGGCCACUGGCGGCGACGCGGACGUGGCAGGCCUGGUGCAGGACUGGGCAGCACAAGCGGCGCUCGCUGCGGCAGCUUCUGCUAUCCCGGCGGUCCGGGCAGAGGAGGCGCAGCCGGCGCAGCCGGCGCCUGCGAGGUUGGACCCCACCACCGCACAUGCCGCACAUACGGCCCAGCACUCCGCAGCCGAGAGCGCCAGCCCUGCUGAGCCACAGCCGCCGGCGGCGGCUGCGCCGGCGCGCUCCGUGCGCGGCCUCGCCCGCGCCGCGCUGGUGGGCUUCUCGGACGCAGGCCGGGAGCGGCGCUACCAGCAGUUCCUGUCGGUGCGCAGCUCGGCAUCGGGCGCCUCCUGGGUGUGUGUGCACCUGGCGCUGAUGGCGGCGGCGGUAUUGCGGCUAGCGUCUGACGGGCGUCUCGGGCUCGACCUGCCGGCGGUGUUGCUGUUCUCUGGCGCCUACGUGAUCAUGACUGGUGUUGUGGUUGCCGACAGGCUGCGCCCGGGCCUGCUGGCGCGGCACCGAUUGGCUUGCUGGAUGAUGACGUCCAUGCUACGCAGCAGUGCCAAACUGCCGCAGCUGGUGGGCUGGGUGCUGGUGCCGCCCUCCACGCUGACGCACGUGCGGGCCGGCACCACACUGGUGGCGGACUGCGUGCUGCCCGCCGCCUUCGAGCCGCUGCCGCCUGCCAUGGUGCUACUGGUGUCAUUGUGGGACGUGGUGAUGUGCAUCGCCUUCUACCGCCACAUCGGCCACGAGUCAGCGCUGCACGUGGCCGUAUUCAAGCUGUGCCUGAGCCUGCUGGUUCGCUUUGCGGUUGACGUGAUGUACCGCGUGUCGUUUGUGCGGGCCGAGGCGCGUGCGGCCACCCCCACGCUACAGGGGGGCGUUCAAGGCAAGGGUGCGGGUAGUGCAGCAGUGGCCGCCACAUCCGGAGCGACCGCGCAUAAGGAGCACUUGGAGUAGCUUACGUUAUGAGCAAGGCCCGCAUGAAGGCAUUUAAUAUGGCUGAUAUUGUCCACGAACAUGCGUGUCAUCUGCGCGUACGUUUUUGCAUGUGCAUCAACAGGAUUGUCUAUGUCAGGCUUGCGCGCGUCAAUGGUGUGCGCCGGCUGCUCUGCUUGAGCGCUGAGGCCCCAUACAUCACCCCUCGCUUCAGUUCAGGCGGUGUGAUGUGGUGCGGGCUCAGCCCAGUUUUCUUUGGAGCGGACAACCAACUCCACUGUCGUGACGUGGCUAUACUGGUUGCUCAUCGGUAGGUCCAUCACAUGGUAUCUAUUGGCGCCACGUUUGCAUGGUGGGAGGAUAUACCGCCUUGCAUGUGUGGAUAUGAUACUGCGGCCUUGUUGUUACGGCCGAGUGCGUCUUUGCAGUGUGAUUACUGGAACCAGGCGCAUAUAUGCUCCUGUGCUUUCCAGUGCAGUCAUUGCCGGGUUUACGGGAAGGAUGGUUAUGCCUGUCGCAGAGUUUGGCUUUGAUGCUGUGAAUGCUUCCGUAUUGCGUCGUAGGAUUAGAGGGAAGCAUGACUUCGGAAUUGAUGAGGAGCACGCGCAUGUGCCGGGGUAUACAUUUCUGGGGCAGGGUUGCUGUGGAUCAAAUAUUCAUGCCUUUGAUGUUUGGGGGGGCAAAUGCCUACCGGCAUGAGUUGGGCGAGAACGUUGUUCGCUCCCUGUGGCGCUGAGAUGCCCCAAACUCAAACCUUCCACGGCGUAAUGAAGUCUGGGCCGGGCAACCAGCAAACUAGAUUCCAGUUACCCGGGUGCGGCGGUGCGCAGCUUCGUCAUCCCUUAAUGGCGGCGCGUUGUGACCCGGAUGUCUGCAUCAAGGUUUGUUUGUCCUGCGUUGCCCAUGUUGUCUGGUGUUGCCGGCCGAGAGUGUCUGUUAUCAUUUAAAAUUUCCUGGAGUUUCCGUAUCCUUGUUCGGCGGUCUGUUGUUGUGAACUUUGCAGUACUAGUGUUGGCUCGUGCCAACCGAAGGCUCAGGAUACGAGGGUGCCGUCAGGGGCUGAUCUGGGCUGAUGGGUUAGCAAGUAAGGCCGUAAGUGCGGCGGCUGUUGUAGAAUACAGGGUUAGGAUACGAUCAGCAUUUAAGAUGCGGCAUGCCCGAUGGCGCAUGGUACAGGAGGAGUGGUUAACGUAGCAAUAAUCAACAUGCAGUGGUGAGUGCUGUGCGGUGCCUUGGCGCUGCCCGUAGCCACUGUGUGGGAUCAGGCUGGAUGAGGCAAGGCAAGUAGGGACCCGGAGGGACUCAAUAGUGCUGCGGAGAAGCACCUUCGAGAAGCGCUGCGACAUGGCUAGCUGCGCCGCCUGCGCAUGAGGUAGCUGCGAAAUAAGCGCUAGAUGAUGACAUUGGUGAGCCACUCGUAAGAUCCAGAUCCACUGCAAGUAUUGCAAUCUUACUUGCAUGGGCAUGUAAGCGAGCGUGCCAAGGUGCA